ACAGCACAUGAUAGUGGUACUGAUGGUAGUCGCUGUUGGCGCUAGUGCUACACAGAUGCGAGUAAGGUCCUUACUCGCAUCUGCUACACUUGAUUUUCUGUUCUAGGAUGUAGGAACACUCGGAAAGCCAGUUCGGGAUUCAGGCUGGGAUUGCAGACUGGCAUUGUGUCAUUUUGACGUCACUAACAGACAGGGAUUUUUCAGUGCGCCAACAGGAGGUUUACGCAUUCGCUCUGUUUCUGUUUGCGUGCUGUCGUAUGGGCGGUAGUGCGAUACCGUGGCCAUAGCACUGGCGCUUAAUUUAAGGAUAAUGUAAACAUUUUUAUAACACAUUUGUCGCCUUAUUUGCAGAGGAUGGUUUUCUGUAAAUUUUCGUUUAACUGCAUAAUUAACAAACAGCAUAGUUUGCGAACGCGCACUGUUUAAAAAGUGUAGGAAUAAGCACUUGUUGUUAUGGGCCUACGAUGACUUCCCAGUGUAGCUUAGGCGUACGGCUCCAACCGCCACAGGGCGUCAUCCUGGCCAGAAUCGUAAAUGAGUGUGUCUGGGCUAGCGCCGCCCCUCUACAGAAUGCAUGCAUACACUCACCGUGACUCGUGGAUCGUACUGUAUUGAUUUUAAAUCUUGCUGCAAAAUUCAUUUCUCCGCGUUGCACGGAGAAGCGCAUUCAGAUUUAUAGCAGGUUAUCAGUUAUGGCUCAUUGUCGUACGGUUUGCCUUCAGCGAUGAGUGCCGUCUCAAAAUUAUUAAAAAUCACGUUUUUGCGAUAGCAGCGGAGCUGGUUUGAUAAUUUUGCAUCGAAUGUUGGAAUCGCUGAAGUUUCGGUUCUGACUUCUGCGCCUAAUCUCGCACACCAAAUUCCUUGGUGUCAUUUGGUUGUCUGUGCCGCAGUGCUGAUCAUCGUCGACAAUGUCUUCUGCGCCGCGCGAUACCAAUCUGUCAGCAGUGCUGCAGUCCGUGAAGAAUCUGCGUCUGGAGGAGAUGCCGAUCCCCCAACCAGGCCCCAAUGAAGUGCAGAUCGCUGUUCAAAAAGUCGGAAUCUGCGGCACGGACGUUCAUUUCUGGCAAAGCGGACACAUGGGAGAUUAUUUACUCAAAGCGCCUGUCGUCCUGGGACACGAAGCCAGUGGCAUUGUUUCCGCCGUCGGCGAAGGCGUUACCAGCCUGAAAAUAGGCGACCGUGUGGCCAUCGAGCCGGGCGUCCCCUGCGGACGGUGUGAGUACAGCAAGGAGGGCCGCUACAAUUUGUGCCCGCACGUCAAGUUCUGCGCGCAACCGCCCUUCCACGGCACCCUCACGCGCUACUACGUCCAUGACGCCAGUUUCUGCUACAAACUUCCGGAUAAUGUGUCUCUGGAAGAAGGCGCCUUGUGUGAACCGCUAGCCAUCGCUGUUCACUCGUGUCGCCGAGCAGGAAUCGAAAUCGGUCACAAAGUUCUCGUUUGUGGAGCAGGUCCCAUCGGCCUGGUGAACGUGCUGGCCGCACGCGCGAUGGGCGCUUCGAAGAUCGUCAUUACCGAUGUGGUGGAAGAUCGGCUGAAGUUCGCUAAAGAAUUGGGCGCUGACCAUACAAUCAAUGUGGCGGGCAAAAAUGCCAAAGCCGUCGCGGCACUGGUGGAGGAAGCGCUUGGUCGUCACGCGGACUGCACUAUCGAGUGCAGCGGCUUCGAAACCAGCCAGGCGGCGGCUAUUUACUCCACCAAGUCUGGCGGCUGUGUCGUGCUGGUGGGCAUGGGCGCAAUGGAGAACAAGCUGCCGGUGAUGGAUGCGCUGUGCCGCGAAGUGGACCUUCGCGGUUCUUUCCGCCUCCUCAACUGCUAUCCCAUGGCGCUGGAAAUGAUGGCUUCCGGCCGUGUCGACGCCAAGCCCUUGGUGACGCACCGCUACGCCCUGGAGCAGGCGCUGGACGCCUUCGAGACGGCCCGCACCGGCGCCGGCAUUAAGGUCAUCAUCGACUGCAGUCGGCAGCAGUGAAUGUUCACAUGUUCGUCACUCUGGCAGCAGUCAGUUGGGCUUAUUUAGUUCUUCUUGGCAUAAUCGAAAGAUAAUACGAUUACGGAUUGAUACGGUUGAUUACUUUCCGCUUGAUUUCGUUUUUCCCGCUUUGAUUCAUGUCCAUCUGCGAUUAUGGAUCUGCAUUUAUGUAUCACUUUAACCUG